AUGGUUCUCCCUGAGCGCUACUCGCUCACGACUCCGGCUCAAAAGCCGGAGAAUAUGCACUGGACGCCGAACCCGAAGUCACUCCUGGUGAUCCGCUUUAUCUUCACAGUUUUGACUUGUCUAAUGGCCCUUGCCACGUCUAUUAUGACAGCUGUGGUGAUUAACUAUUUCAUGUCACACCAGCCUAUGAUAUUCCCGCCCAUGAGUAGUAUGAUCUUCAUGACCAUGAUUGGUUUCUUAACCUGCAUUAUCUACUUUGGCUACUUUAUCUUCCUGCCCUCCCUCUCAUUCAUGCGCCGCGGAAGUAUGCUUUGGAUCAUGUUUACCAUGAAGAUUGAGAUCUUCUUCCUCUUUGGUAUGUCGGCCAUUUGGAUCAGUGCUGCCCUGGCUUAUGCUGCUGACUACCGUGGCCAUGAAAACUGUAUUUGGGAUGGAUACUACCACUAUCCGAAGCCCAGCAACUGGAACCACCUGUGUGAUAUGAUCAACUGGGUCGUGGGUAUGGCUUAUGCUACGUUUGGUAUCCAAGUUGCGUUCUUUGCUUUUGAUCUGUUCAUGGUGGCCUACAUGUUCCUAUUUGUGGAUCAAGACUCGAUCAGUGAGCCAUUCUAUGAAUGGGGUACCCGUGCAUGGGAGUACAAGCACCAGCGCGAGGCGCCCAUUUCGUCUGUACACAACCCUAUGAUGUACCGUGCCAAGGGUGGUCCUAUCGGUGGCGCAACCACCUUGGGCCGCGGUGGUGACACUCGCUACAAGGAGAAGGACAUUUAUGAAGGUGUUACUGAAAGCAGCAACACGUACCGCGACAGCUCGUACACGGAGACCGACAGCAGCUCCAGUGCUACUCGCCGUGGCUAUUCGCGCCGUGGCGCCGCUUACAGCGAUCCUAGCAACUCUGAUACGAUUUCAGAUGAUUCGAGUACGGUGGCUAGCUCGUCCAACCAUUAUGGCGGUGCCUAUUCGCGUCACACAGUGAACAGCGUUCGUGCUGGACUGGGUGAGGCGCCUAUGGCUGCAGGUACAGGCGGCACCAAUGCCGGCGUGCCAACAUGGUCAGCGCCCAGUAUUACCACCGAUGGUGACUCGGUCAUGCGUCCUCAUACAUCGAUCCGCGGUGGGCCUCGUCAAGUGCGUCAUGUGUCCGCGCCCAUCUCGCUGGGUUCCCGCGGUCGCCGUGGUACGUCGUACGGUGGCGACUCGGCGCUUGACACUGUCGAUGAUGACUUUGAGAGCUUCACAGAAGACUAUGAGGGCUCAGAGCGCCGACCUUCAACGGGCCCUGCAGCCGGAAGGGAUUGGCGCCGCUCACGCCGUCGCGUUAGCAUGGAUGAAGAAAGUGGCUGGCACUUGCGUGAAGACUAA